GCCGCGGGGCGCAUGCGCGGGACCGGGUCUCCUUGUCGCGGCGGCGCGUAGGGCGAUCGCGGGCCUGAAGGAGCGGGGAGGGGAGAGGAAGGGCAGCGCAGCGGCUGUCGCCGGUCACCGGUCACCGCCAUGUUUCUGCGCGCUGCGGCCGCGCGGGCGAUAAGUCAAGUCCGAUACUUACAUAGAACAGCAGUGUGCAAUGCGAGUGGAGGAGCCUUAUUUGUGCACAGAGAUAGUCCUGAAAAUAAUCCAGAUACUCCAUUUGAGUUCACACCGGAAAACCAAAAGCGGAUAGAAGCAAUCAUAAACAACUACCCAGGGGGACACAAGUCGGCAGCUGUCAUGGCAGUGCUAGAUUUGGCCCAAAGACAGCAUGGAUGGUUGCCCAUAUCAGCCAUGAACAAGGUUGCUGAAGUUUUAGAAAUGCCUCCCAUGAGAGUGUAUGAAGUAGCAACCUUCUAUACAAUGUACAAUCGCAAACCUGUUGGGAAAUACCAUAUUCAGGUCUGCACUACCACACCCUGCAUGCUGCGAGACUCUGAUGGUAUUUUAGAAGCCAUUAAGAAGAAACUUGGUAUAAAAGUUGGAGAAACAACACCUGAUAAGCUCUUCACGCUGAUAGAAGUGGAAUGUUUAGGUGCUUGUGUAAAUGCACCAAUGGUACAAAUAAAUGACAAUUACUAUGAAGAUUUGACACCCAAGGAUAUUGAAGACAUAAUUGAUGAGCUAAAGGCUGGCAAAGUUCCCAAACCUGGCCCAAGGAGUGGACGUUUUUCUUGCGAGCCGGCUGGUGGCCUUACUUCUCUGACUGAACCACCCAAAGGACCAGGUUUUGGAGUUCGUGCAGACCUCUAAGGAUUUUUGUAAUAUAGGAUGGACUAUCUGAAACUAAUAAAGUAACUAUAAUCUCAGUGAAA